AUGAAGUGGACACUCCUUGCCCUCCCCGCCGUCCUGGCCUCUCCCUUGACCAUCUCCCCUCGGGAAACCGCUGUCCAAAUCACGGACCGCUACCUCUUCUUCACGGCGCUGCCCACAUUCCUGCAGUACCGGGCGCAGAAGAACCCGUCCACGCUCGACUGGUCCUCGGACGGCUGCACCUCUGCGCCCGACAACCCGUUCAAGUUUCCGUUUGAGCCCGCCUGCCAGCGUCACGACUUUGGCUACCGCAACUACAAGGCCCAGGGCCGCUUCACCUCCGACGGCCGGUACCGCGUGGAUCUCAACUUUGAGAAGGACAUGGUGUACCAGUGUGAGGGCGUCUCGGCCAAAAAGUCGUGCUGGUCGCUCGCGCAGGUGUACUAUUAUGCUGUGCGCGCGUUUGGCGCAUACGCGAAGCGCGACGAGAGCGGCGCCGAUGCCGCGAGUGCUGUGCCGGACGAGGAUGCGGAUGACAUUGCUGCGUACCGCGCUGCUGUUGCGCAAUACGAGCAAGCUGUCAAAGAGGACCAGGCUGCCGGCCUCCUCCCUGCGCUGUAA